AUGGCGUCCAGCCACUCCCUCCAGUUCCUCCGACCAUACGUCUCCCGGCCCUUGGUCGGCCGACAGUCGCCCUACCUGCGAUUCUACCACCUUGCGACGCAGUACCACUCCAUACGCCAGAAGACCUCAGUCCGGCAACAGCGGAGGGCCUACAGCAAGGACCAGUCCAAGGAGGAUGCCGAGCCCAACGCCGAGGACGAGGAGGAGCCGGACAAGUUGUCUGCCAUCGAUCGAGCGUGGCAUUCAGGGGUGUAUCCAUACGUCCAAGGGGCGACCGUUCCAAAACGCGGGCCUAGGACCAAACCACAGAAAGAGAGAAGGGAGCCAGCAGCUGAGCAGGAUUCAGAUCCAUGGACUGCGGCCUCGGAACCCGCCGAGGACCUGGACCUGAAACCAGCAGAGGACUCAGCUCUGGGCAAUGGUGCAGAUGCUGAACAUACGAACGAUUUCACCACCUCCAAAACAAUAGGUACAGCCUCCGAGGGUGAUAUAUUCGAAAUGAUGCCAAAAUUCCUGGAGAUAGAAGACGACGCCUGGGAGGAUCUCAACGCCGAUCAAUGGGCCCCGGAAUCAGCCGUAGACCCAUACGCCGAAGGCACAAAAGACGGCCGAUCUGCCGCCACGAUAGUAGGGCAAAUCAUUGCCAAGGCCGCAUCUGAGCAGGACUUCUCCCAGUCAGCAAACGGUGCCGCUCCAGUUGAUCUCAAGGCACAGGUGGUCAAAGAAGGCGUGGGCGAGAGGUCUGUAGUCCGGAAACGUGUCGAUGAAUUGAAAGAGGCCGGCCUGUUCAGAUAUGUCCGACUGAGGCACCCAAUGAGGCCUCACAGCAUUAGGAUGAUCUACAGGCAGUACAGCGAGUUGACGCCCGACAGUCCCAAGACAGAGUACGUGCUUGUAUACGGCCGCCUUCUCGCCGUGCGCACGUCCGGCUCCAAAUUAGCCUUUCUCGACAUCGUGCAGAACUUUAAGACACUGCAGAUCACGGUCAAUGUGGGCAAGGUGCAAUGCCACCACCCUGACCAGGACAAGGGCACCCUCAAGAAGCUUCUCAAAGUGCUGAAGAGAGGGGACGUGAUCUCUGCCACGGGGAGAGUCAUACGUAAGGAGUCGGGGCAGCUGACUCUGGAGGCUAUCGAGCUACCCCGUCUGGUCACGCCCAGCUUGGUACCCCUACCCGAGCAGUUGCUCGACGAGGACACGCGGAUUCAAAACCGACACGUGGACCUGCUCGUCAACAAGGAAUCGAUCGACAACCUCAGACUUCGGUCAUAUGUCAUUGGCUUCAUCCGAAACGCCCUACUAAAACUCAGCUUCACCGAGGUCCAGACCCCGAUCCUGGCUGCCAAUGCCGGUGGUGCUGUUGCUCGGCCCUUUACUACCACGUCCAAGGCCGUGCCGGGAAAAGAGAUUGCGCUGCGCAUCGCGCCCGAGCUCUGGCUCAAGCGGCUCGUGGUCGGAGGCAUGGACAGGGUGUUUGAGAUCGGCCCGUCCUUCCGCAACGAGAGCGCCGACACGACGCACAACCCCGAGUUCACCACGUGCGAGUUCUACGCGACCUACUUCAACCUCGACGAGCUCAUAGCCAUGUCCAGCAAGCUCCUCAAGGACCUCGUCAGGCAGUACAACUCCGAGUGGCGCCCCGAGCAGUUUCAGUCCCUGCCGAGCCUGCAGAUGGACCUGGCCGACAAUAUCCCCGAGUACGACUUCGUCCAGGAGAUCCAGGUCCGGCUGCAGGCCCGGCUGCCCAACCUCGAGUCGCCCACCGCGCUCGAGGACCUCUACGACCUGCUCGACCGCCAGUCCCACCUCGUCGACACGUACCAGCUGACGCACGACGCGCCCUCGCUGCCCAAGCUGCUCGACCGCCUCGCCGCCGCGCUCAUCGAGCCCCUGUCCCUGAAGCGGCCCAUCUUCAUCCGCAACCACCCGGCCUGCAUGUCCCCGCUCGCCAAGUCGUACUUCGACCGCCGCACGGGCAUGCUCCUGUCGGCCCGCGCCGAGCUCUUCUACGCCGGCAAGGAGAUCGCCAACAUGUACGAGGAGGAGAACGACCCGUUCUGGCAGCGCCGCAAGUUCGUCGCGCAGGCCCGCCGCAAGCGCUCCGCCGGCGAGGAGGACGAGGACGGCGCGCCGCUGCCCGUCGACGAGAGCUACCUCGCCGCGCUCGAGUCCGGGCUCCCCCCCACCGGCGGCUUCGGCUGCGGCAUCGAGAGGCUCGUCAUGAUGCUCUCCGGCGCGGCCAAGAUUGGCGACGUGCUUAGCUUUGGCAACCUGCGGAACGUGGUCGCGCUGGGGAGCGCCAAGAGGCAGCCGGCGCAGCAGGACGGGGAUGACACGGACAAGAAUGUGCCUGAGAAGAAGGAGAGCAAGGAGCAAAACGUGGAGAAGGAGGAAGGAGAGCAAACAGUGCCGGAGGAGGACAGGCAAGGCUUCACCCCCAAGGAGGGAGAAAAAGUUGGCAAUCACUGA